ACAUUUCUAGUAAAAAAAGUCAAACUUUUAUCUUAUCAAUUUUCACGUCACCACCAAAAUCUCCAUUAAAACCCCCAGCCGAUUUCACCUCUAUGCACAUCACAACCAUUCUCGCCGGACUUUUUCUCUUGUCAGCGCCAACUUUUCAACUCUCGAAUCGACGCUUAUUCGUUUUGCUCCAUGUACGAAUCCUUUGAUAGCAAAGACUAUGAGAUGAAGCCCAUAGAGAUACGGGCAGUUGAAGCCCUAGGCCUUGGUUUCGAUUUGGCCAGCGAUUUUCGGCUCAAAUUCGUAAAAAGGUGCCCCGAUGGCGGAAGAUUGGUGAGUUUAGAUGAGAGGAAUAAGAAGGAUGUGGUAAUUCCAGGACUCGGGGGCGUGAAGAUUCCCGACGUACCCGAUUGCAUUCGGGUCGAUAAAGGGGACCACAUUAGGUUUAAGUCCGAUGUUCUUCAAUUUAAUCAGAUGUCAGAGCUACUUAAUCAAAAAUCAUCAGUACAGGGAAAGAUUCCUUCAGGAUACCUUAAUUCUAUUUUUGAUUUAACUGGAGCCUGGUUGAAUGAUGCUGCAGACGCCAAGUAUCUAGCCUUCGAUGGUUAUUUCAUCUCACUUUACUAUUUGCACCUUACUGCAUCAAGUUUAGUACUUCAUGACCAUGUAAAGAAGGCUGUUCCUUCCCACUGGAAUCCGGCAUCAUUGUCUAGGUUUAUCAAGACUUAUGGAACGCACAUUAUCAUUGGAAUGGCUGUUGGAGGCCAGGAUUUACUUUGUGUUAAACAGAGACCGACUUCUCCAAUUCCUCCAGCUGAACUCAAGGGAUACUUGGAGGAUCUUGGAGAUUGCCUUUUCUCUGAUACUAACAGUCCUAUUCUGGACAGGAAAGUGGUUGAUAACAAAAAAAAGGUUCCCGAGGUAUUUAAUCGUAUGUUACAGGCGCAUACCAUGCAAUUUACCAGCAUUACUGAAACAUCGAGCAAGGAUGGACUUACACUUAUUUGGUCCAAAAGAGGAGGGGAUGUGUUUGCACAAAGUCACUCCAGGUGGCUUCAGACGAUGGCUGCUAAUCCAGAAGCUGUACUCUUUAAAUUUGUACCUAUUACUUCUCUGCUUAAUGGGAUUCCAGGGAGUGGCUAUCUUAGUCAUGCAAUAAACUUGUAUCUUCGAUACAAGCCAGCUUUAGAAGAUCUGCAGUAUUUUUUGGAGUUUCAAGUUCCUAGUCAGUGGGCACCUUUAUUCUGUGAAUUACCUCUUAGACAUCAAAGAAGGAAGGCUUCUUUUCCUUCAUUGCAGUUCAGUUUCUUAGGUCCAAAGAUUUAUGUUAGCUCCACCCAGGUUGCGAGUGAUGGAAAACCCAUUAUUGGCCUCCGCUUGUACUUGGAAGGAAAGAAAAGCAACAGGUUGGCAAUUCACGUACAGCAUCUUUCAAGUCUUCCAAACAUAAUGGCGUUCACCUCAGGUAAUGGAAACAUUUGCAGGCCACAGUGGCGGGGUUCUGAUGAUUACGAAUUUAGCAAAGAGUACUUAGAACCAGUCCGAUGGAAGAGAUAUUCAAAUGUAUGCUCAUCGGUAGUAAAGCACGAUCCCAGCUGGGUAGUAGGUGAAUCCCCUGGUGUUUUUGUUGUGAGCGGCGCACAGCUAGUUACCAAGGGUAAAUGGCCAAGAAAAGUUCUUCACCUCCGCUUGCUUUAUACCCACCUACCUAACUGCACCAUUCGAAAGACAGAGUGGGCAUCAGCACCUGAAGCUUCUCGGAAGUCGAGUUUCCUCACGAAUUUGAGCACGACUUUCACAUUCACCCAACGGGCAGUUACUGACGCUCCAAAGCAACUUCCGGCAACCUUGAACUCUGGUGUUUAUCCUGAUGGUCCACCCGUGCCCGUUCGGUCUACAAAGCUACUUAAAUACGUGGAUACAACCGAGGUUGCACGAGGUCCAUAUGACACCCCAGGACAUUGGUUGGUAACGGCUGCUAAGUUGGUGGUUGAAGGUGGUAAAAUUGGCUUGCAAGUGAAAUUUGCAUUAUUAGACUAUUCACAAGAAUGAUAAUGUUAUUUUGUAAAUAUUGAACAGGAUUCAGGUUACUACUUUUAUGAUUUUGCUUUCUAUUAUAUUCUUUUACCUAUAAAUGUACGGAGAGUGUGUACUAUAAUGUAAGCAGCAUACGAUAAAUGUCGUCUUGUACAAAAACAAAAUUACUGAAUUUCGUGGUUGAUGGCCGAGUUGUAAGUGGUAUCCUUUAUAGUUUGAUGAUU